UCCAACUGGCUCCAGCUGUGACACAGUGCUCUCUCUCUCUCCCUUUCUCUCACUCUCUCUCUCUCUCUGUCUUUCUCUCUCUUUCUCUUUCUCUCUCUGUCUCUCUCUCUCCCUUUCUCUCACUCUCUCUCGUUCUCUCACUCUCUCUGUUUCUCCCUCUCUCUCUCUCUCUCUCUCCCUUUCUCUCACUCUCUCGUUCUCUCACUCUCUCUCUUUCUCCCUCUCUCUCUCUCUCUCUCUCUAUCUCUCUCCCACUCUGGCUCCGAUAGAAACUAGAGCACUACAUCAUCAUCAUCAUAAUCGUCCUCUCCUCUAGACGCAUCAAAGUUCACGUCGCACCAAAACACAGGUGCUUUGCAGCGCGAGACCGUCGACAACCGGGUUAAAAAAGACUGUCCCAUUUAACCGAUCUGAUCUGAAACCUUUUUACAUCCACAGUUGUUGUUUUUAUUAAUGUGAGUAGAUACGGUCGUUAUCAUGUCUGACUGCAGGAGGCAGUGGAACCGGGAGAACGAGCUGCCGGUCUACCUGGCAGGAACGGUUACAACCGGGCCGAACCAACGGAAAUCCUACGGGAUGUUUUCCUCGGCGGAUGACGCCUGCGACAGUAAGACUGUAGACUGUGAUAACUUUCCCGCGGGAAGGAGAGGAACCAGGAAUCCCAGGAGCGUCAGCCGGGACAGACUCCUCGACCACUCCGACAGCGACGUUCCUGAGACGGCUAGUGAGGCCAGUGAGGUCCGGGGGUUCGGUUCUCAGGUCAGCUCACCCGGAGAGAGAGAGGAUGUGAGGCCGGGGGUGGAGAUUGAGUACCAGGCAGGGAGGCAGUGUCACUCCGGUCAGAAGAAUGGAAAGAGUGAGAGGUUGCUGAUUAAGGGGGGUCGUGUGGUGAAUGACGACCUGUCUCAGUAUGCAGAUGUCUAUGUGGAAGAUGGCCUUAUAAAACAGGUGGGUGAUAACCUGGAUGUACCUGAUGAUGUGAGGGUGCUGGAGGUUAAUGGAGGUCUGGUGAUACCUGGAGGUAUAGAUGUGAACACCUGUCUGAUGAAGCCUCACCUGGGUUGUCCACCUGUAGACGACUUCUACCUGGGCAGCAGGGCGGCGCUGGCCGGGGGCACCACCAUGAUCAUUGACCAUGUGACUCCUCAGCUGGGUGACAGCCUGCUGGAAGCGUUUGAGCGCUGGCAGGAGUCAGCUGACAGGAAGUGUUGCUGUGACUACUCGCUGCACGUCGACCUGCCGUACUGGCACCGGGGGGUCAAGGAUGAGCUGGAGGUUCUGGUGCAGGAGAAAGGUAGGCUCAUUGAUCACCUGAUCGGUUGA